ACUGGAGAGUAGGGAACCCAAAAGGUUCUUUUUUUUUUUUUUAAGUGAGGCAGUUGGGGUUGAGUGACUUGCUCACAGUCACACAGCUAGUAAGUGUCAAGUGUCUGAGGCUGGAUUUGAACUCAGGUACUCCUGAAUCCAGGGCCGGUGCUCUAUCCACUGCGCCACCUAGCUUCCCCAACCCAAAAGGUUCUAAUGGAUCUUUGCUUACUUCUCUUAGUCACAUCUAAAAACAAGUGGAAGUGUGUUUGCAUUAUUGCUGCAUUCCAUAGUUAGACUGCCACUUGGUCCAAACCUGAAAUUCCUUUGCUGCAAGUUUGGCAUAAUGUGCAAAGCAGCCUAACCACUUAAGAUUUAAUUUUCUUAAACUGGAGAAUUGAAGUGAAAGUGUAAUAGCAUUAGACUGACAUUAACUACAGAUUUUUAUGUACAAACCAGAUUGCUCUGCAUCUGGGCCUUACAUCUUAGUAAAAUAAUCUAAGAUUUCUGAAGCAUUUAGUGGAUUGCAUAACAUCUAGGAUCCUCUAGUAAGAACCUGGCAUUGUUGUUUUUUGACGAGUUGAUUGUUUGACUCAGUAGCCUGGAGAAAGUUACCAAGAACUAGUAUCCUUUCCUUUGUGUGUGUCUAGUUCAGAUGGCUAUGCUUUUAUUCCUCUUCAGCUGUGAGAUAACUAGAUCUCUAUCAAGUCUAAAAAUUCUCAUGUCAAUUUGAGGGGAUCCCCAAAGUGAAGUUUACCCUGCACUUGCCUCACUUCCCCAAAAGAGAAACUUUUAGUAAAAUUCUCCUGAGUUUGUGAUCUUCUCUUCAGGCUUAUCACUUUCCCCUCAAAUCCUAAAACUUGCAUUGGCUUCCAAUAUUAGAGAGAGACUGAUUUUAUUAAAGCAUCUUCCAUCAUCUGUUUGAGAUUGCUGGUGCUACCCUAGCGACUUAGGUAGCUGAUCCAAGUUCAUAUGGAAAGGAAGAAUGUGAUCAGAUUUUCUAGACUUGAUAAAAGCAUGAUGCUUUUCCAUUGGAGUAGAAAGGUAAAACAAGUGUUUAGGUGACAAAAUCUCAAGCCCAGAAAACUUUUUAAUCCUUGGAUUUAAAUAUCUCAUUAUCUUGAGAUCCAUCUCUGUGUGUAGGAAAUAAUUUUCAUUUUGCAAACCACAGAAAAAUUCUCAGAGACUUCAGCUUUUCAACAAGAAAGAAAUUCUUGAAGUUUAAGCAAGCUGAGAGUAAUCUUCUUUAUCUUAUAGGAAUAACUAACGUAAUAGAAAAUUUCAUACUUGGGUCAUAGGAAAAGGAUCCAGCCCCUCCCCCCUUCCAUUUCGGUAUUCAGAAAUUAGGAUUUUGAAACAGUUGCUUUAAAAAGAAUUGUACAGCAUUGACAUUAAAAAUUCCUAUUACACUUAUCUAGUAUCCUCUCUAAUCAGUGCAGAACUUUCACCUGCCUUGUGUUUUCUGGAGGAAGUUAAAUCAAAAGCAAGUUAUGGCACUAAACAGAGUCUCUUGUCCUAAGAUUUUCUCCUGGCCCAAUCUCCUUACUUCCCCUAAAGCUGUUUGCGUGGUACUAGAGCAGUGGCACACUGUGCGCCCUGCUAAGAAACUUCCUUUUGGCAGAUAAAUUUGGCAUUGAAGCUGUAGAGCCAGGUGCAAUCCGGAACAGCCUGGACACCCCUUAUGAGCCUUACUGUUUGGUAAAAUUGAAAACACUCACUGGGAAUCACAUUUAUUUCAUCAGAAAAAUCCUCUGUGGAGCAGUAAGCUUCCUGGAUUCUUUUUCCCAGAUUAAGGUUUGCAUUUUGCUUAGUGUCACAGCAAAAGAUGAUGAAACCUGUCAUUGAUCCAUACUACUGAAUGAAAAUAAGAAACAGAUAUGAUUCAGGAUAAUCUUCCUGUUCUAGAUGUCUCAGAGCUGGAAGCCUUGUUAAGAUUUUGUACAGCAUAGAUUUUUGUCCCUUUAAUGAAACUGUAAGUAGAGAAUCUAGGUUUGGGAAGGUGGAGGGAAAUGCAUUGAGGCCAGCAAACUGGAACAGAAGCCAGAUCUGCGUGUGGGAAAACGAUUCUUGGGCUGAUCAGGAAGAUGUCUGCUCCAUUGGUUGGACAAGGCUAGCACCCAAGAUCUAGUUGCCACAGAAAGGUGCUGUCCUUUGGAUUCCAGUUGAGAGAACUUGGGCACUUGAAAGAGUGCUAUUCCAGAGACUGAUCAGACAAGCAACUAGGAGCUGCCCCCUUCACAUCUGCUCUACCUGAACCUUGCUGGUUACUCCAGCUUCUCCAUCUGCCCUCACCUUAAAGUAUGGCUGACCUCAGCCUCUGGACCUGACUUCAGUCCUUAGUGGGAGACUUUCUCAGAGUGAGGAGAAACCCAGCCUUGGCAAAAUGGACCAAAAGGCCCCAGAGUCAGCGAGCCACAUCGCUUUGCCCAUGGAUAUACUGGAAGUGGUAGAAAGCAUAAACAACCAAUCAUUGGAUUCAUGCUUCCACACCAGGAAUACUAUCCUGAGGGGCCAGCCCUUUGGUGGAGUGCCCACUGUGUUAAUCCUAAACAUCUGCUUCUGGUUGGUUGCUAUUUGUGUCUAUUCCUUCCUCCGGAAAGCUGCCUGGGAUUAUGGACGCCUAGGUCUGCUAACAAAUACUGAAAGCAUGAUAUCACUGUUCUUUGGAGAGCAAAGUGAUAAGAAUUCCCCAGUGGACCCUACUCUGGAGGCACAGAAAAAAGACACGGGCUACUUUUCCUGGAUGUUCAACAGCAUACGAAUGAAGAAAGAGGAGCUGAUUAAAAAGUGUGGAGAUGAUGCCAAAAUGUACCUCAAUUUCCAGACACACCUCAUUUGUCUAUUCCUCUUACUUUGUGUGCCCUCGUUGACUAUCAUCCUGCCAAUCAAUCACUCUGGGCAUCUUCUGGCAUCAAAUAGUCAUUUCGGCCGUACCACCAUUGUCAAUGUCGGCAAAAGUGACAAGGUCCUGUGGGUACAUAGUAUAUCCUCUCUUUUCUACUUCCUCAUCACCUUCUGCUUCAUGGUCCACCAUGGUCGAGGAAUUAAACCCAAGAAGGAAGGAAAGACGACCAAAACCCUGAUGAUCACCUACCUCCCCAAGGACAUUUCAGACCCUGCGAUCAUCAUCAAACAUUUUCAUGAGGCCUAUCCCAGCUGCACAGUGACCAAAGUCCACUUCUGCUAUGAUCUGAGAAAACUGAUAGAACUGGAUAACCAAAGACACCAUGCAAUGAAAGGCCGACUCUACUAUACCUCAAAUGCUCAAAAAAAUGGGAAAACGAUGAUCCGAGUGCACCCCUGCUCCCGUAUCUGCUUCUGUCAGUUCUGCAAAUGCUUCAAGGAGGUGGAUGCUGAGCAAUACUACAGUGAGCUGGAGGAGAGGUUGACUGAUGAGUUCAAUGCUGAGCGGAGCCGAAUCCACCAGAAGCGUUUGGAUGCAGCCUUUGUCACCUUUCAAGAUGAGAACAUGACAGCUGUGAUCCUAAAGGAUUUCCAGUGGGUUCAUUGUGGCAAAACUCCACAACAAUCCUCAGUGACAUCUGUGGUCCAAUCUCACAAAUGGAGAAUCUUCUAUGCCCCCCAUCCUAAGGAUAUUCUUUGGGAGCACCUCUCCAUCCGUGGAUUUUACUGGUGGGUUCGUUUCUUAUUGCUCAAUACUUUCCUCUUCAUCCUGAUCUUCUUCCUCACCACACCGAGCAUUGUUAUCAACACCAUGGACAUGUUCAACGUCACUCGACCCAUCGAGAAACUCAAGAAUCCCAUUGUGACCCAGUUCAUCUCCUCUGUGCUAAUGUGGGCUUUCGCUGUGACCCUUCCUUUUAUCGUCUACUCUUCCUCUUUUUUGGAAGCACACUGGACUAGGUCACAGCGAAAUCUCUUCACAGUAUAUAAGUGUUACUUCUUUCUAGUGUUCAUGGUGAUCAUCUUGCCUUCACUAGGCUUGACCAGUUUGGAUCUUUUCUUCCGAUGGCUCUUUGACAGUUACUUUUUGGACCAUGCAGAACUGAAGUUCCAGUGUGUGUUUCUUCCUGACAACGGGGCCUUCUUUGUUAACUAUGUCAUCACCUCCAGUCUGAUUGGCACGGGCAGUGACCUGCUGCGUGUGGAGUCCCUUCUCUACUAUAUUAUACGCCUCAUCUUCUCCAAAUCUGAAGGUGAACGAGUGAACAUCAGGCAGCGUCAAGUCAGAACUUUCGAGUAUGGACGGGAGUAUUCCUGGAUUUCUUGUGUCAUCAGUGUGGUGAUGGCAUAUAGCAUCACCUGCCCCAUCAUUGUCCCAUUUGGGCUGCUUUAUGUCUGCAUGAAGCAUAUUACUGAUAAGUACAACUUGUAUUAUACCUACGCCCCUACGAAGCUGAAAGAAGACUUCCACAUGGUGGGAGUUUACCAGGUGAUCCUGGCGCCCCUCCUUUCUAUGUUCUGGCUGCUCUUCUUCUCCAUUGUCCGUCUAGGUAGCCUUCAUCCCAUCACUCUGUUUACCCUGACGAUCCUCCUCGCUGCCAUUGUGACUUCUUUCAUUAGUCUUUGCUUUGGGAAGCUUUGGAAGAGACUACCUGACUCUGAGGCGGAGACAUCAGAUACAGCCUCUGGUGAUUUCCACCUCCAAAGAAGUAUUUCUUCCUCCAUCUUCCUGUACAAUUUGUAUGUGGCCCCAGUGCUCCAGGAACUGGAGAUGAGCGUGACCCCAGCCACGUCUCCCGGCCGUCAGUCUUACGGUACCAUGAGCAGCCAGCUGGAUGCCUUGGACAGGGAGGAGGAGAGUGGGCCGCAGAGCUUUUCAUCCGAAGUGGAGACAGCCGAGGGCGAGUUCCACGAGGGGCUAUUAAUGGAAGACCAUGACUAAUAAGGAUCACCCCUCUCCACCGCCAAAGGUGCUCCCACACCGGGUGGAAUGCCAGCAUCAAGAGAAGAACACGACAGGGAGCAGAAGAAGGGUAGAUCCGAUCUCCCCCUUCCUUUCAACCCACAGGCCCACUCCCCCAGAUCCUCUAAGGCUGCCAGUUUGACUCCUGCCUCCAUCCCUGGGCCCUGGCAGGUUGAGAGAUCCCAGUCACACUUGACUGGCCAACUAGAAUGUGAAUCUGGUAGAAGAUGCAGCCUGGGUCCCUGGACUGAAAAUACUAGCAACCUCUAUGUCUCAGAAGGGGCAGCCAGUGCCCCAGACCUAGGAAUUGAUCUUUUGUCCCUCCCUAAGAGCAGAUGAGAAAAAGAAAGAGCAGGGGAGAGGGGUCCAAAAGGGUGCCCCGUCCUAUUGUCCUGUUGCCUCUGAAAACCCUUCUCCAAUUUGUUUGUCUUUUAGAAGCUCUGCCACUCAAACUACUUUUUCACCAUCCCUACUUCCCCUGGAGACCCAAAGAGAUCUCUACUGUUUUGUGGCUGGCAGAGUCAUCAAGGAGCAAGAGAAUAGGCUGGGCUGGCCAACUCUAAGAAGGGGGACUUCUUAGUCCCCCCCACCCAGGAUUGGAGGAAGACACCUCCCCAAAUUCCUGGAGUUGGAGGUUUCCCCAAAUAAGAACUCAUGAGAAAAAAUACUCUCCCUAAAGCGAAGGGAUUUGUGUGGCUCCUGAGGCCUCACCCUAGCCAGAAACUAUAUGUAGUAUGAAUGCCAGAGUCAAGGAUUACACUGAGGGAAUUUUUUGGGUUGUCACCUGUCCUGCCUCCACUCCUCUUCUUCCUCUCUCCUGCCAUUUACUAGAUUACUCUGGACAGAGCAGUGCUGAAAUAAGGUAAGGCGGAGGAGGAAGAAAGCUAAGAUAAGAGAACCUCAGAUGAGGGCACACAUCAGUAGGAGUAGAAUUCUCAAGAAGAUAUUAGAGUCCUCAGAACAUUUGUAGAUGUUAGGGCUAAGGCAGGGUAAAGGAGAAGGAAGUAGGCAUUCACCCAAAAGUAUUGGAGGAUGUAAAAUAUUGGCCCUCCCACCCCAUGCUCACCCAGAGAUGGAUCACCUUGGUCAGUUCCAACAGAACAGGCCUCCAGGGUAAGGGUGGCAGCCAUGCAAAAUAUUUCGUGCCAGCUGCCAUGUGAGUGUCUCUGGUCCAGCACAGGACCAAAGUGACUAGCAGCGGAGGGUAAGAACCCCCUGCCCAGACCCGAGGAUAGUGACUAACCCCUGCACUUCAAACAAGACAUCUUACCUUUCCUAUGUUCAAUCAUCUCUCCAGGCUCCCCUUUGCUGGUUUCUGUCUUGUCUGGGAGGGGGACCCAGGUGAGGUGUCAUUAUACCAAAGGGAAUGGAAGCAGUUUCCUAUUUGUUGGGGAGUUCUGCCUUCACCCCCAUGUUGACCCACAGCCCAGACACCGCUGCUGGCUGCUUUUUCUUCCAGCCUCCCUCCAUCCCCAGCAGGUGGAAGCCUAGAAGGAUGGAUAGAUAGGAAACCAUCAUCCAACUUGGACAAUGAACACCUGUAUUUCUUAAGAGUCAUGCUGUAUCCAUCUAUGCUCCCAGGAUGGGCUUCUUCCAUGGUUAAUGCUGCUCUCCUCUUGGGGCUGAAUCAGUCUGAAGGAAGGGCUGUUGAGAGCUGUUACCUCUACUGUCUCUCUUGACUCCCAACACCAUGCAGGCAGCUCUGGGGUGUAAUGGGCUGCCAUGUGUAAUGGGCCUUGGCAGUGCCACCCAACACCUGGUACAGGAAGUAAAGAGAUACUUCUGGUGUUGUAGUCAGAGCUUGGGAAUGAGCCAAGGGAAAGGACUUCUGUUCCUGAUCUCUGGUCCAAUGUUUCCCUGGGUGGGGAGAAGAAAAGUGGAAGGAAAUAGGUUACACUUUCUUGGAGACCUGAAUGACCCUCAUUAAUGGCACAGUCUCUGGGGUUUUCUUGCCGGUUUCUCAUUAUUUGGAAAUCCUCAGGCCUGAGAGAGGUGCUAUGCAUGUCAGACACACCAGUUCCCAAUGCAAGGGAAUAUCUGAUUGCAUGUACACACAUGCACUCAUCCACCCAAUCUCAUUGUGGUUGAAGCUGGAGCUCUGAUGAUGAAAAAAUGCCCAUUUACCCCAAGUUCUUUGCCUAUUCUUUGGGUUGACCAAGUGGUCCUAGAGAUGGUGGAGAGAUUGGAGAAAGGAGGGACCUUAUCCCAAAGUGCAACGGGGUCGUACCAAAGGAGUAGGGCCAGGAAAAGGGAAGAAACUGUGGGAGAGGAGAUUAUAACUCACUCAAACCCUCGCAGUAAAAACUAAGCCAAAGGGCUUUUUUUUCUCUUUUAAACCAGUUAGUGGGGAGAAAGGAAGGAUCUUUUCCAUUGCAGAGCUGCCCAGGGGACCCAGGCCAAGUGCUCUCUGACCUCUUCAGGCUUUCCGCAGGUUCAAACCAUAGACUUUAGGAGCCCCGGCUCAGUUGGAUCAGCAGCAUGCCCAGAAAGUAGCCAGGGAUGUCCAUUUCUUAGGCACACUCCCACUUGUUACCUGCCUGCUGCCUUGGUUUUCAUUCAUUCGUUGCACCUUCAUCCUUCUCCCCCAGGAGAAGACCUUGAGAAUGAGGGGAGGGAAUCCAGUUUGACUUCAUGCUCAACACGGGUGGAAUUGGUUCCAAUCCAUCUGGUAAAUGAACAGGGCUACCAGCCCGCAAUACCACUGGGCUAAGGGCCAGGAUUCCGUCCCACCUGCACCAACAUCUGGAUAACAGAUUUGAUGAAGUCUAAUUCAAGGGAAAAGUCAUGUGGAGAUCUGGGGACUCGUCGUCCCCCUACCUUUCCUCAUACUGUAUAUAUGUAGCCGAGCAGUCAUCCCUUCCCUCCAAAGCCAUUCUACAUAUGCUGACACAAAUCCAGUCAUCAUCCGUCCUUCCUAUUAUACUCCCUUUGUCCCCUAUGCCCCAAUCCACCCCAGCUAUACCUGCCCAUUUGCUCCUAUAGCCACAGGCAUCCUCUGUUCUUACCCACUGAAACUCCCCAGGCCGCUAUCCAUGUUAUUCCAUGUUAUUCGCUGUCUUACAUCUUAGUCAUCCAGUUGUAUCUAUUCCACAUAGGAUAACCCAACCCAACCAUCCCAACCCUGUAUGUCUCAUUCUAAACACAGACACACACCCUUAACAACUUUAACUCUGUAUUCAUUCUCCCCAACUCAACAACCUGAUCACACACACACACACACACACACACACACACACACACACACACACACACACACACACACACACACACACACACAUUUCAGACCCUUGGAAUGUGAUGCUCCACUUUUACUCCUUUGGGAGAAAUUGAGCUUUCCUCUGGGGUGAGGGGAGAGUGGAAACUAUGUCUGAACUCUGUCCUUUAACAGACUUCUUUGGGAGCCAGUUCAAAUUGGGCACCCUCCCCCAAACCCCAUUCCUUUCCUGUGCCUGGGUGCAGGCCUCCUGGCUUUCACUGACCUGUUUCUCCACUGUCUCUGGAAGAAAAGGCCUGUUCCCAUUAUGUCCACUGGGGAUUCUGAUGAGUGUCUGCCUUACUCACCCUGGCUGUCAUCACUCUAGGAAUGUGCCAGAGUUCUGUGACCUUGAAAUCUAUUGCUAUCACCAUGUCUUGAAUAAAACAAACUCCACCCAGCUUCCUGCCUGGCUCUAUUCCCCUCCAUCAAAGACAGCCUGGACAGGGUCAGGACCUUCUGUUUAUGGGAUAAAACCCUGCCUUAUUGCUUCUGGGAACUGUCCUGGCCUGACCUGUACUGGGGCAACUAAGUACCCCAACAGGGUGGAAAUAAUAGUGUCCAAGAGGCAACUUGCAGAAGGGGAGAGAGGAAAUGAUCUCUAGUAGCAGUCAGGGAGCAGAUAAAUUUAGAGUAGAAGAGGUGGCAAAUCCAUGAGAAGAGACUAAGUUAUAAGGACAAGUCAAAUUCAGGAGUAGAAGGGGAGGACCUGAUUGAAGAACAAAUAACAAAAAAAUCAAAUAUCAGGGGCGGCUAGGUGGCACAGUGGAUAGAGCACUGGCCCUGGAGUCAGGAGGACCCGAGUUCAAAUCCGACCUCAGACACUUAACACUUACUAGCUGUGUGACCCUGGGCAAGUCACUUAACCCCAAUUGCCUCUCUAAAAAAAAAAUCAAAUAUCAAAAAGAGAAUCACUGAAGCCAGAGAUGAAGACUUGCCUCAGUUUGUAUUUCAGUGGGGUGGCCAUACCCCAUCCCUUCUCUCCUAAUCAGGCUGCUGCUGGCAUUGUUGAGGGCUAAUAGGACAUGAACUGCCUUGGGAUGCUUACCUCCUGACAUGUUAUGGGACAUAAACCUUAGAGAUCUGGGUUAGCUCUCUCAUUUUACAAAUGAGUAAACUGAGGCCCAGAAAAGUUAAGUAACUUGCUCAAGGUCACAUGUAAUAGGAUUCAAAUCCAAUUCCUUGAGAUCAUUUGAGCCACAAAGUUUCCCUUCUCCAAGUACCUACUUUCUGAGGGGCCCUCAUCCCAUUUGUGUGUGGAUGUAUGUGGGGGAAUAGAUCUGGACUAUGGUGUGAAAAGAAUGUUGAAUAUGAAGUCAAGCACUCCCCACAUUAUCAUUAUUCCCACAGAGCAAAGUGGGUGACAGGUGCUGCCUUGCUGUCACAGAAGAUUUAGCAAAUCAGAUGCCUUUGCCUCUACUUUUCCAGUUCCCAGGGAGACAACAGUGGGAAGGGUAGCUCUCAAGAUAUUCAAGCCUUCUUUCUUCUUCCCUAAGCCUGUCACUCCCUAUCAGUUUCCCCAGCUUUGAGGGGAAAGUAAUGGAGAUGGCUAUUGAAAUACACCGUGCUUCAUAAAUAAGGGACUUCUUAUUCACUAGUUUGUCUUUACCCAGGAAGUGAAGGUGUGCUUCUUUCCUGUGUCCAUAUUCUCAUACAAUCUUAAUGUAGCAUUGCUGCCACUCAACUCUGAAUUCAUAUUGAUUACUGGGUUCAAUAUAGAAGUAUGCCUCAUUUGGCUGAAGUCCUCAUUCCAACCCAAACAUUGAAACUUCUGGAAACUAGAAAUUCUAAGGUCAUCCACAUUUAAUUUUCGUCAAGCUAGUUAACCAAAUAAUCAUUUAAAUAGCAUGCUUUUAAAAGACAAAGAUAGGCAAUUUUAAAAAGCAAAGGCUGGGGCAGCUAGGUGGUGCAGUGGAUAAAGCACGGGCCCUAGAUUCAGGAGGACCUGAGUUCAAAUCUGGCCUCGGACACUUGACACUUACUAGCUAUGUGACCCUGGGCAAUUCACUUAACCCCAAUUGCCUCACCAAAAAAAAAAAAAAAAAAGCAAAGUAUUACUCUCCAUAUAUAUGUACCUACCUACCCGAGGAAUUAUGGUCCCAUCC